AUGGGUGGCUGGGGCAAUCUAGGUUCGCCACCACAGAAGGGUAUAAUUACAUAUGCUCUCUCGCCCAACCGACAGAGCCCCAUGGCCGGGGCCUACUACAACGCAUUCUUCAAUAUCUACCGACGAACAUAUCACCAGAUCCUGUACUGGGUUCCACCUCUAGUACUGGGCUAUGUAUUGAUGGAAUGGGCAACUGAGAAGUAUGUUUCGUUGGGGGAGAAGAGAGAAAGAGAGCCAUUUACUGAUUUACCAACCAGAAACGAAUACCUCAACUCCAAGCCUGGACGACUUGAGGCGGAGGCUGCAGAGGGCGGCGGUGGCGAAGAAUAG